AUGGAUAAAGGGCAUCACCGUCAGGAGCUGCGAAGAAACAGAAGAGGGAUAGCACUGCGCGACGAUGCAAUCGGCGCGCUGACCAAUUUUGCGUGCACCUUGCAGCAGAAACAGCAAAUACUCGUUGACGAUCCCCGAAUUGGUGGCGAAUAUCUCGACGUGUUGAGAGACAUUUCCGAAAAUUUCCGUCAAGACCCGUGGGCGUCUGUGUCAACUCGGGCGCAGCUCACUCGUCCGCUGAAGGCAGUGUCAGUGAUCAAGAAUCGCAUACGCUAUCUACUUCUGCCGCACCCGCGUCGCGCAACCGAUCGAGCCGCGGCAUCGGCAACAACCGCCCGUCAACCAUGGGAGGCGAAAGGACACGAGCCGGCCGAGACCAUAAAGAGACUUCUCGGAAAGACCGACAUUCUACGCGACCAUACUGCACCAUUGCCUGCAUCCGCGGCUUGGUCAACCGAGGACCUCUGGAUUAAACAUGCUCCAGCUGGAAACCUCACGGUGGUCAGUGACACGCCAUCGGACCGCAGGAGUUCACACGCCAGCUGCGUCGUCAACUUGCCUGAGAUUGAGAUCUCGGAUUCGAACAGCUGCACAACCAGCAUCGCCUUCAAGCGAAAGUGGGCAUUUACCACCGGCUUAGGAACUUACAGGGACAACACAUCCCUGUCUGUGGACUCUAAGCCUCGCGUUGCAUAUUGGUACCACGGAAAAUUAAUGGCGCAGAUGAUGAUUUUGGGAUGGUCCGGGACGCGGUUUUAG